UCUUGCCCUCGAGUCAUUUCGUGUCUUCGCUUGGCGCUAUGGACACCGCAGAAAUCUUAUUACAACAGUCAGUGGUUUAUGAGAAGUCUUCAAAGGGGACCAAGAUGCCGCCCUCGGAGAACUCGGCCGCCCUCCCCUCCGCGCCGCCAGCCACUCCCCCCCUGCAGAAGGCGCGGCAGGAGGACGAAGAGGAAAGAGCCCAACGAAAGGAGCUGCUACGGAAUGGCUUAUGGGCGACGGUCAUCUCCAUCGGCAGCCAUUUCUACGGCGACAUGACGGUGGCCAGAGCGCUCCCCAAGGACCCGCGACAGAACGCAUGGCUGCUCAUGUCCUCUCCCCUGCCGAGCCUCGCCCUCUGCCUCGUCUUCAUCGCCUCCGUCACCUACGUGGGGCCUAAACUCAUGGCCGGUCGAAAACCCUUCUCGAAUCUUCGGUCCGUCAUGAUGGCUUACAACGCUUUCCAGGUCGUCUUUUCGGCUUACAUUUUCUAUGAGGCUGGCAUGGGCGGCUGGUUCGGCUCCUACUCGUUCAUCUGCCAGACCUGCGACUUUUCAGAAGAACCGCAGGCUGUCAGGACCCUGCAUGCCGGUUAUUGGUACCUGUUCUCGAAGUUCAUCGAUUUCAUUGACACGAUUUUCUUCGUCCUGCACAAGAAGUACGAACACAUCUCGCUUCUCCACGUGAGUCACCAUUCCCUUAUGCCCAUCAGCCUGUGGUAUGGCAUUAGAUACCAGCCUGGCGGCCAUGCAACUCUCGGAGGGUUCCUGAAUUCCUUCGUCCACGUCGUCAUGUACGGUUACUACCUCCUGGCCGCCAUGGGCCCCAAAGUCAGGCCCUUCUUGUGGUGGAAGAAGUACUUGACGACGCUGCAGAUGGUGCAGUUCACCGUCGUCUUUCUGCACAGUAUAAGUUUGGCUUUCAUCGAGUGCGAGGUUCCGUCCGUGCUGGUGAGCUGGACGGCGGGUGUGGCUGCCUUGUUCUUCGUCCUUUUCGGAGACUUCUACAUCAAGGCCUACAGGAAGAAGGACAAGAAAGCGGUUAAAAGCGAUGCCUCUAUUUCGCUCAAAAACGGCCACGCAAAUGGAGUGUCCAACGGCGUGCCUGGCGGUGCUGUAGCCAAGGACAACAACGGCGUGCCUGGCGGUGCUCUGGCCAAGGACAACAACGGCGUGCCAAAAGUACCUGUCGACGGAACGGCAGUCUCGGUCAUGGCAUACGAGGGCAUGACAGUGAGGAAUCGAGGGGAAAUUUGAUUUUCGCUCGUUUCAAAAUGCAUGAAUCCAAAUCAUAUCUACCUAUAUUUUUUUGUACGGAAUCUUGCCAUUGACUGCAGCCCUUGCUUGCUCUGCAUCCUCAUUCUUUUGCCGUUGUUUUUACAUAUUAACGAGACCGUUUUGUUAAUAUCCAGGUGUGCACCAUUAUUUUGUCUCCAUCAACUGAUAUAAACCACAGUAUUUCAAAAGAAAAUCUUUAGAAAUUCAUAAUGACAUAAAUUAUAACGAUUCCCCCCCCCCCAAAAAAAAAAAAAAAAAAAACUUAUCUUUUAGAAAACCAGUAAACAGCAUAUCCUUUUUAUUUUUCACUCUCAUGAUCAAGGAAAAAACGCUUUCCUUGUACUUAGAAAUCUCCCCUAUUCACUCUACAAUCAACCAAUGUAUCAUAUAUCAUAUAUUAUAUUAUAUAUCACACGGUACUGUUCUAUAUCGCAAGGUGAAGGCACAUUUGGACAGAGGGCAUUAAGCUGUCUUUUUGAUUCACUUUUUUUGUACUGUUUUGUUUUCAGUCAUUUUGUACAGAGCCUUUUGACGUUCAGAAUCACUGGCCAGUCGCUUCCCCGACUGACAGGCUGAGGUCUCUUGAAUUUCAGGAUUUUUUCAGCAAAAUGUAAACUUAAGCUGGAUAUACAAGUCACUGUCCGCUAAUUUACGAUUGCAGCGCGCGAGUAAACUCCUUUUAAA